AUGAGCAUCAAUGCUGAUGAUUCCAUGAUUCCUGAAGAUAUGCAGGUUGCUCUCCCUGGGUCUCCUGCUCAGAGAGCUGCUCGUUUUACUAAGCUUCCUACUGCGAUUCCCACUCCGAUUAGACUCCAAUUUCCAUUGCUCCUAGGCCUUUGCUUGCUCCAGCUCCCGCUUGUCUCCCACUUAUUGCUCCUAGUCCCAGGCCUGGUCCUGUUCCCGUCCCUGUCAACUAUUUUAUACCUAUUCACCCUUCUGCUUGAAAUGCUACUGCUCCUCCUCCUGUCCGGUGAUGAUGGUUUUGAUGAUGGCCUUGAUGGUGGCGUUGAGGUUGGCCCCGCUGAUGCUCCUGCUGAAUUCCCUGCCCUAUCCGCUUCUUCUUCGUCAUCUUUGAUUCCUGGGUGUGUGCUUCAGCGCCCUGUUCCUGCUGAGGAUUCCGAGUCUGAUCGCGGCUCCAACUCCCGCUUGAAUCUAAAGCCAUUCCCAGUCUCUCGCCUAUCCCCAGACAUCCAAAGGCUCGACUCUCCCGAUAUUUCUCCUGCUGCUAUGUAUGAAAUUGAGCGUGAUCCAGGCGUCAUGGGUACUGGUACGCCCAGUCCUAAUGCUAUGGAUAUCGACUUACCCGAUGUCCCAUCCACUUCCGAUCUCUCACCUUACACCCUUUACGCCACUCUUCCUGCUGGCACAUAUGAUUUCACUGAGCUCCCCGAAAGCUCCUCUCUCGCCCGGCAUGGUUCACGUCACACUCCCUGA